AUGUUGUGGAUUUCCCCUCCUCCUCCUCCUCCUCAUCCUCCUCCUCCUCCUCCAUCUCUUCUCCGCACUGGCCGUCUCGUGGCAGCUCGCUAUCCCCGCCUGCAGGGCUUCAUCUCCCGGGGCAGAGGAAGGCGCUGGCCGGGCGGCGCUCUGAAUGUUCGCCGCUACUGCGCCUCCCUUGAUCCGGAUCUGGAACUGAGAUUGGUGACAUCAGGACUAAAAUCCAUUUCUUUGACAACUGAGACUGCUUUGGCGGGGGUAAUGAAAAGUGCAAUGGAGGGUGACUGCAGGAGAAGCAAUCAGUUUCCAGAGGACCACAGAGAUGCUGAUGAAAGCUCAGAGAAAACCCUCAGCAAGGCUUCCAAAUCCCCCCAGAAGAGCAACAAGAGGCCCAAGACGAUACCUGUCAGAGUCACUUUGCUUGACGGCUCAGACUACGAGACCGCAGUCGAGAAAUUUGCCAAGGGCCAAACGCUGCUGGACAUGGUGUGUGGCCAUCUGAACCUGCUGGAAAGGGACUACUUUGGCCUGACGUUCCAGGACCCCGACAGCACCAAGAGUUGGUUGGAUCCUUCCAAGGAGAUUAAAAAGCAAAUUCGUGUUGGCUCCUGGAUUUUGGGAUUCUCUGUUAAAUUCUACCCUCCGGACCCAUCUGUGCUCAUUGAAGACAUCACCAGGUACUACCUGUGUCUGCAGUUGAGGGAUGACAUCCUAUCCGGGCGUCUGCCCUGUUCUUUUGUUACCCACGCCCUUUUGGGCUCCUACACGGUUCAAGCUGAACUGGGAGACUACGAGCCAGAGGAUCAUGGGCCGGAUUACGUCGCUGACUUCCGCUUUGCCCCUAACCAGACACGAGAGCUGGAGGAGAGGGUGAUGGAGCUGCAUCAUAACUAUAAGGGAAUGAGUCCAGCAGAAGCAGAAGUGAACUUUCUAGAAAAUGCCAAGAAGCUUUCAAUGUAUGGGGUGGACCUACAUCAUGCAAAGGAUUCAGAGGGAAUUGACAUAAUGCUCGGCGUGAGUGCCAAUGGUCUGCUCAUUUAUCGAGACCGCCUACGGAUCAAUCGCUUCGCUUGGCCAAAGAUCCUCAAGAUCUCUUAUAAGAGGAGCAACUUCUACAUAAAGAUCCGCCCUGGAGAGUAUGAACAGUUUGAGAGCACCAUUGGCUUCAAGUUGCCCAACCAUCGGGCCUCGAAGCGAUUGUGGAAGGUUUGCAUUGAGCACCACACCUUCUUCAGGUUGGUUUCUCCAGAGCCACCUCCAAAGGGCUUUUUGGUGAUUGGUUCCAAGUUCCGCUACAGUGGAAGAACUCAAGCUCAAACCAGACAGGCCAGCGCUCUGAUUGACAGGCCUGCACCUCAGUUCGAUCGCUCAGUUAGCAAGAGAUACCUCCUGUCCCAAAGUAUUGAUGGGGCUUCAGCUUUAGGUAACAGUAUGGACCAGUUGUCUCAGCGAAGCUUGAGCGAGCGCACACAGUUCAUGUCCAGAGAAGACCUCGACCAAGAAGGCAGCCUGGACCUAGACCAUGAUCAUUAUGACUAUCCAGACCAGGACCAAGACCAGGAUCUUGACAUCGACCAGGACUUGGACCUGUACCAGGGUCCAGAUAACUUUCGGGGUGCUGGCUUCUCAACAUCUGCUAAGACUUUGGAACUCAAGGCUGAGGACGCAGUCUCGCCUGUAGAUUCGAAACCAGAGAUGGACAAGGACCUGGCCACGGCUCGGCCCAAACAGGAGCAGUUUUUGGACAAGCCUGAAGAUGUUCUACAGAAGCACCAGGCCAGCAUCAACGAACUAAAAAGGGCUUUGAGACAGCCCAACAGCAAGGUGACCCAGAGGGACAAACGCAUCUGCUCGGCAACUCCUCCUGGAGGAACACUGGAGCGGAAAACAGCGACUGGGGAUGCCAAAUUGAUUGACAAGCAGGAUGCUAAUGGACAAGUGCUGGAUUAUAACUCAAAUGUGGCUAGAGACACUUUGACAGUUACCCCUUGGAUUGGGGAAAGCGGGACAACAUGGGAUACUGCGAAGUCUCCAUUUGGAAUAUCUCCUAAAUGUGGUUUAGGACCAUUGGAACUAACCGAUACAAGCCCCGUGGAUGAUCCUCUGGCCACUAACAUUGGCUAUGAUUCUUUCCUAAAGAGCUCCAUGCAUGAAAAUGGAUAUGGCUCCCCGAAGGAAAAACAAAGGAAUGGAACAAAAAGUAUAGAUUUUACUCUUUGCCAAUAUAAAAAAAGUAUACAUCAAGCAUUAACAAAUAACUUUUCUUCCUCCUCGGAGGCUCUGGAUCCAGUCCCAAAGGAAAAAUGUGAAAGGGAGAAAAUUGAAGGCCUGAGUGCAGAGGAUUUGCUGAAAGACUGCAGCAAAACUAUGAACUCUGAAGUCUCCAAAGUUAUUCCUCUUAAACCACAAAGAUCCAAAAAAUCUUUGAAUAAAGACAACAAAGGCGGUGUGAACCCUCAAAACCAGUCCGAGUGGUGCAUCGUUGGGGAUACUUCAAUGACACAAUCAAAAGGCGAAUCCUGUGAGACGACAAGGAGAGGAGAGGAAAACAAUGGACUGCAGUCCCCAAAAGGUGAAGUACAUGAAGACUCAGCAACUAGAAAAUACCAGAGUAGUCCUGGACUGCCAAAUCAACAAGACUUUAGACAACUCAGGGAUGCGACAAGUCCAACGCCGAAAGGUGGUGAGCAACAGGAAUACUUUAAAGAGAGUCCUAUUUCUCGAUCCACAUUCCCUACUGUUCCCCCUCGUACACUUCCUCUGAAAAAGCAGUGGUCCAGAGACCGACAUGGCAACACGGACUGCACCCUCAUCCACUUCAGAACCUACCAAGACACCACCAAGAGGAAGCAAGCGGAGACCCCUCCCACGCCAGCCAUUCAUGAGGAACCUCUUAGUGAUUCCUCGCGGGAGCUUUGGGAGAGACGCCUGGGCUCAACCUCAGAGGACGAACAAGACCACGACAUCUCGUAUCUAAAGGAAACCCACCUCGGCAUCGAGCGCAAAUGUUCCAGCAUCACAGUCAGCUCCACGUCCAGCCUGGAGGCCGAGGUGGACUUCACCGUCCUCACAGACCUGCACACGGGAAUGGAGGAGUUCUCCCGAGGGAUGUCAGAGCUGGGCGAGCGGGACCUGUCGCCUGACGGGGGUCUGCGCUUCGGGAUCGACUUCCUCCAGCAGCAAGGCUCCUCGGAGUUGCCACUGCCUCCUUUGGUGUCCGCCCAUCCUUUGUCCAAAGCGGCGAGCGGCAGUCCUCCAGCCAAGCACAUCCAGACUGAAGAAGUGCGGACAGAAGCCAAAAGGCCUGAUGUGCAGCCCGUAGUGCCUAAAAAGCCAAAGAGGUCAGUACCGGUGUCUUCUUCAGUGGACAGGGAGCCAUCGCAUUGCCGGGUCCCCAGCGCCGCACCUCUGAGUCGGGAAGCCAGUGAUGUCAUGGCCUCAGCCACCGUCAAGAAGACCGACAUUCGGACGGAGACCCAGCCCAAUGGGUCAGAGGUCACGACAACGAUAGUGGAGUUCGCAGAUCAGGAUCACGGUAUCACAAGUCUGAGCGACAUGUCUUACUCUACGAGACAGAGUGUCUCUCCUGUGCAUAUGGGAAGUCUUGCAAGAGAGACGUCAGGGUCGCCCAUCCUCGUCACUGAAAAUGUUACCUCCGCAACCACACAGGUCACCAAGACGGUGAAAGGAGGCUACUCAGAAACCAGAAUAGAGAAGAGGAUCAUCAUCACAGGAGAUGAUGAUGUGGACCAGGAGCAGGCUCUGGCCAUCGCAAUCCAAGAGGCCAGGCAGCAGCAUCCAGACAUGCAGGUGACCAAGGCCGUAGUUGUCAGGGAAACAGAAUCAUCCGCUGAGGAGCAACCCACAUCAGGGGUACAAGUGCCCGUCUUCACCUCGAUGUAACAUUGACUGCAUGCUUUAAAGUUGAAUCGUGACUCCCCCAGACGAGAGGCGGCCAAGACGGGACUCCUCAUCACAAUGGAAACGGGACUUCCCUUUCUAAAAUCCACUUUCUUAUAUUUGAUUUCAACCUCACUGAAACCAUGUGUGUGAUGCGGAAUGUUUCGGGAGUGGAUGCUGCAACAAAAAAAAAAACAUUAGUGGACGACUUUCCUCAACACAAUUUGUGUUUGUGCUACAUUGGAACAUACUUUCAUGCAUUUUUAUUUUUAUUUUUUAAUUUUUUAUCCAAAAGUGCCACGGUGGCAGUGUCAAAAGAAAAAAGAAAAAAAAGGAUGAUUUGAUGGUGUUGUAGAGUAGAAUGUGUGUUGUUCUAUAAUUGCACUGACUGAUGAUGACAGUAGACUUGAAUAGAAAAGAACAACAGCACCCUCUGGUGGUGAGUAUAAUGUCCAAACGCUGCAGUAGUUUGUAAUCAUGCAUCCCCUCCUAUAAAUGUCUCAUAUUUUUGAGUGUAAAUGUACUUGUAUGAAUGUGCAACAUGACGGAUUGUACAUUUCAACUAAUUAUGCCUUCUUUUUGCUUCCUAAACCGGCUAAUACACUUCCUGUGCUAAGUGCGUUAACAAUGUGUUGCACAUUCAAAACUCCCUUUCCCCGGCCUAAAUAAUCCAGCUGCAUAUUCGUGUAGUAAAAGUAGAAUAAUGUGUGUUCCGAAUCAUGUGUGCAUGACAAUUCCUUUCGUCAACGUCGAGUAGGAUGGAUUUAAGUCGAAUGAGAAUGAGAAUUCAUGGAUUGCAGUGUAACUAAAGGGGAACAUUAUCACAAUUUCAGAAUGGUUAAAACCAUUAAAAAUCAGUUCCCAGUGGCUUAUUAUAUUUUUCGAAGUUUUUUUCAAAAUUUUACCCAUCACGCAAUAUCCCUAAAAAAAGCUUCAAAGUGCCUGAUUUUAACCAUCGUUAUAUACACCCGUCCAUUUUCCUGUGACGUCACAUAGUGAAGCCAACACAAACAAACAUGGCGGAAAGAACAGCAAGCUAUAGCGACAUUAGCUCGGAUUCAGACUCGGAUUUCAGCGGCUUAAGCGAUUCAACAGAUUACGAAUGUAUUGAAACGGAUGGUUGUAGUGUGGAGGCAGGUAGCGAAAACGAAAUUGAAGAAGAAACUGAAGCUAUUGAGCCAUAUCGGUUUGAACCGUAUGCAAGCGAAACCGACGAAAACGACACGACAGCCAGCAACACGGGAGAAAGCGAGGACAAAUUCGGCCUUCUAACCAACGAUUGGUAUGUGUUUGUUUGGCAUUAAAGGAAACUAACAACUAUGAACUAGGUUUACAGCAUAUGAAAUACAUUUGGCAACAACAUGCACUUUGAGAGUGCAGACAGCCCAAUUUUCAUCAAUUAAUAUAUUCUGUAGACAUACCCUCAUGUCAGCAGGCCAGGGAAGCUAGGGUCGAUAUUCUUCUCUUGAUCAUCUUCGGUGUGAGCCAAGACAUCCAGGGGGUUUAGCUCGCUCGUCUGCGGGAACAAACUGCCGCCAUUGCUUGCCGUGCUGCCGAGGUCCUUUGUCCCUGAAUUGCUCACACACUCCGGCAGAUUCAAUGGGGGUCUGGCGGCAGAUUUCUUUGACUUUAUCGUUGGAAAUGCAUCUGCUUUGAGUGUCGCAGGAUAUCCACACAUUCUUGCCAUCUCUGUCGUAGCAUAGCUUUCGUCGGUAAAGUGUGCGGAACAAACGUCCAAUUUCUUGCCACUUUCGCAUCUUUGGGCCACUGGUGCAACUUAAUCCGUCCCUGUUUGUGUUGUUACACCCUCCGACAACACACCGACGAGGCAUGAUGUCUCCGAGGUACGGAAAACAGUCGAAAAAACGGAAAAUAACAGAGCUGAUUUGACUCGGUGUUUGAGAAAAUGGCGGAUUGCUUACCGAUGUGACGUCACAACGAGAGCGAAUAUUAGAAAGGCGUUUAAUUUGCCAAAAUUCACCCAUUUAGAGUUCGGAAAUCGGUUAAAAAAAUAUAUGGUCUUUAUUCUGCAACAUCAAGGUAUAUAUUGACGCUUACAUAGGUCUGGUGAUAAUGUUCCCCUUUAAACAACAAAGCCCUUUUUAAGCAAAACAGAGGAAAUUAAGCUUCCUGACAGGAAAUGAAGAGCACUCACCAAAAUAAAGAGAGGAAAUAUGACUUAGCCAGUGUACUUAAUGUAGUUAAUACUAAUAUCCACUGAUGAUGCUUCCCACCACCCGUUUGGUUUUACAAUCAAUGUUUGAAAAAAAAAAAAAAAAAACACACAUUUCUUUCCCCACUGCAGAUUUUUUUUAAUCCCUUCUGUUUAUUUCAUUUUAGCCUAUUUCUCCGCCAGCCGGUCCAAGUGCAGUAUUCUACUUUUGAUUUCCACGCCGCAGUUGGCUGAUUUUGUAAAGUCAAUAUUUUAAGUGCCCCGGGUGUCCAAAAAACUUGGAACGAGUGUCAUGAAUGUCGUCUUAUUACGUGCGAACAAAUGUUUACGGAGGUAUUAAACAUUUACACGUGUAGUGUAACUCUGUUGUGUUCCAUAAGAAUGAUGGAGGGGGAAACAAUGCAUACCUUGUAGCUACUAUACUGUAUAUUUGAUGCAAAGACGUGAGGCCGUGGUCCUGAUGAACCAAGGUGGGGUCGUCCGUCCGUCCGUCACCUACAAGGCAGAAAGCUUUGCGUCACCAACACAGCACCGUUUUUACUUUUCCAGCCAUCCCUACAAUAACUGAAACCAUCCCUCCAUCUUCCUGUGGACAACACAGAAAAAAGUGCUGACCGAGGCUGACGUGCCACCAAAGUGCUGGGAACUAUUGGACUUUGGGCGCCACUGCUGACCCCUCAUAACUUGACCGCGGAACCAGGUUCUAAUAGUUUUCCUCCCGCACUGCUUCUCUCCGUCGCUUCGUGCUCGUGUCUUUGCUGUACAUUGUACUUGCAUUCCAUUCAAAUGAAUAAAAAACAAAAACAAGAUAAGAGAUGACAUGCGUUUGUCUAACUAAUACUUGGUCACUAUCCAGCAGGCACAACUUGCAUAGGACACAUGGGAUUGAUGGCAACUUUCAAUGUGUUGUUCGGGUCUGUGGGACCCGUUUUUUAUUUUUUAUUAAAAGAAAAAUGAUACAAUUAAUUAAUUUUUAAAACUGAGACUCACUGACUUUGGCUCAUUUUCUGUGAAGAACAAACAUCAGAAUACAUAUUUAAUGACCACACACUAUACACCCCCCUUACACAUUUCUAUUACAAACCCCAUUUCCAUAUGAGUUGGGAAAUUGUGUUAGAUGUAAAUAUAAACGCAAUACAAUGAUUUGCAAAUCAUUUUCAACCCAUAUUCAGUUGAAUAUGCUACAAAGACAACAUAUUUGAUGUUCAAACUGAUAAAACAUUUUUUUUGUUUUGCAAAUAAUCAUUAACUUUAGAAUUUGAUGCCAGCAACACGUGACAAAGAAGUUUGGGAAAGGUGGCAAUAAAUACUGAUAAA